UUGGUUAAAGAGCCUAUGGGCCUAACCCUCUAUUUCUAUCGGCUUCUUGCCCUUCUUCUCCUCUUCUUCUUCGUCCCUGUCGCUCACUCGGCGGUUUCGCUCACAAUCGCAGUGUCGAUUCUUCCAUCUGUUCAGCCUUCGCCGCCUCAUCUCUUGGGUUUUCAAUGGCAACUUCCACACUUGUGUCUUCCUCUAUGCUUAAAUGCAGCUACAGGGGCCAACUUUCUAUGGCGAAGAUCAAGAGCCCAUCCUCUUUGGGGUUCUUGAAGAGUGUCUCAAAAGCACCGCGCUUAAGGGCAUCAAACUGCUUCAGGGCAUCGGCUAUGGCUGUCUACAAGAUCAAGCUUGUCGGUCCGCAAGGGGAGGAGCACGAGUUUGAAGUCGACGACGAUGUGUACAUUUUGGAUGCUGCUGAGGCAGCAGGUGUGGAGCUGCCUUUCUCGUGCCGAGCUGGAGCUUGCUCCAGCUGCGCAGGCAAAAUCGUCUCAGGCAGCGUUGAUCAGUCCGACGGAUCCUUCCUCGACGAAACGCAGAUAUCCGACGGUUAUGUCCUUACAUGUUGUGCCUAUCCAAAGUCGGAUGCCGUAAUCCACACUCACAAGGAAAGCGAGCUCUACUAGCGACCAUUAUCGUCGCAAUCUCCUUGUUCUCCGGUUGAGAACUUCUCAGUGUCUUUGUUUUUGCUAGAAUAACUAUUAGUGGAGUGCCUUCAGUAACAUUAGAGGCUGUUUUACUAUAUCAACUUCCAAUGCUUAAUGUGAUGCAUCAUUUGCUCUA